AUGAAAAGCCGAGUAUCUUGCGUCGUCGACGAAGACGACUGCGAGUCGUGCACGUUGGCGUAUUGUUGGUGGCAAACGGCUGCGAAAUUCGAUGAAUGCCUGAAGCUGAAACUGGACUUUCCGAACGUUUCAAUCCUAACGCCAAGGCUCAGACUGCUUAGAGAGUUGGAGAGACUGGCUUUGAUUGCACCCGAUGGACUAAACGAGCUUCGGCACAAGCUUAUCGGGUAUCGUUCAGGCGAUUUCUGGGUGCCUACAGGAGGGAUCACCAAGGAAGAUAUGGACAUUCCCCCAGUGAACACGAUUCUCUUGGUCGGAUUUUCGGGUUCGGGCAAGAGUUCGCUUAUAAAUCUUAUGUACAGCAUUCUCGGUCGCUCUGGCCUAAUACCCUUUGCUCGAACAUCAUCAGGAAGUUCUGGUUACACAACAAUGUACCUGGAAGAACACAAUGUCCUAAGAUCGAUGCAAAGCGGCUUUUGCGUUUACGAUUCGAGAGGGUUCGAUUACGGUAGAACAAGAGAGGCCUUGGACGAAUUGUCAUGUUGGAUGAGUGAAGGGAUUCAUCAUAAUCAACCAUGCUUUAGUUACGGUGACUGCAUGACAACGACGACGAUGAUGGUGGACGAUGCAGAGAACGUCGGAAUGAGAUCAUCUGCUCAAUUUGUGCAGAGACAAGUGAAUUGUGUGAUGAUCGUAGCUAACAUAGCACACAUUUACAAAGCUUUUAAAGCAGGAGACUUGAAGCCAUUAGAAGCCACCAGGCAGCUCUUCUGCUCCCCUGCCUUGCGAAAAAGCAACGAAAACCCUCUAUUGAUCUUAACACACAGCGACUUGUUAUCGACCGAGGAGAGGAUCGACGGCCGGCUGAAGAUAUGCGAAUGCCUCCGGAUAUCGGAGACGAACGGAGUUUACGACAUACUAUGCCUCAAUGAGUAUGGAUUCCCGGUGGAAGAAUCGGACCCGGUCUCGGCCUAUGCCUUGACCGAAGCCGUCUACAGGGCGUUGCUCAUCUCGGAUAGAGGCCACUACCCGAAGAAGAAAUUCUGGGACGUGGCGCUAUCGGCGCUGCUAUGGCUGUUGCGGUUCAUCGGCUUUUGCUUCUCCUUCCUGGCUGAUGUUUUCUCCAACCUUGGCAGACAUAAACUGAAGAUGUGA